AAAACAUCAACUGUAUUUGCAAAUAUAAUAAUAUAAAAACCCCACCACCCCAUACUAUUUUCUUCAUUCUUGAGCGUUGCAGUUGCAGUCUUUCUCUAUCUAACCCAUAAGAGAAUUGCUGCAAAUACAAACAAGAAUCAACAAUUAAAUAAAACAAUAAUCUAAAUUCAUAAUCACUAAAUAAAGUUCAAAAAUAAAAACAACAAAAUGGCACGCCAAGUGAUUGCUCUCGCCCUCAUCUUCGCCGCCGUUGUCGCGGUGGUUUCCGCCCAGUCUCCUUCCGGCGCCCCCGCCAAUGCCCCAUCAAAGUCGGCCUACGCCCCCACCUCCGCCCCAACCGCAGUACCCGUCGCAUCUCCCACAAUCGCCGCCGUCCCAGCCUCAGAAGGUCCUGUCGACUCCGCCACCUCCCCCGCCGCCGCCUCCCCGGAGGAGGAGCCCUCAUCUCCGCCUUCCCCCGGAAGCGAGGCUAGCUCCCCUGACUUCGCCCCGGCUGAUGCACCCACCCCCGUUGGUGCACCUACCCCCGCCGCCGCUGACGUACCCGCCCCUGCUGCUGAUGCACCCAAAAAUGGUGCGGCAGCUUUGAGAGUUUCCGCCGCCGUGGGCACUGUCGCCGCCGCUGGAUUCUUCUUCUUUUAAGUUUUUUAUUUUAUUUAAUUAUCUCUUUGAUAUGCUAUUGUGAUGAUUUAUUUGAUUCGUUAUAAAUGUUAAAUGUGUUUGUUCAUCAGUGUUCUUCGAUGGUAAUUAAUCAAAGUUAAUUAUAUAA